AUGGCGGAGCCCAAGAGGUACAUUACAUCCGAAGAGCUCCGCGCCCACAACACCCCCGGCGACCUCUGGAUCUCGAUCCACAGCAAGGUCUACGACGUCUCCCAGUGGGCCCACAUCCACCCUGGCGGCCAGCUCCCCCUCCUCAGCCUCGCCGGCCAGGACGCCACCGACGCCUUCGUCGCCUACCACCCCUCUUCCGCCUGGCGCCACCUCGACCGCCUCUCCACCGGCCUCCACCUCCGCGACCACGCCGUGUCCGAGGUCUCCCGCGACUACCGGAGGCUGGCCGCCGAGUUCUCCCGAAUGGGCCUCUUCGACCGCAAGGGCCACGGUGUCCUCCUCACCCUCUGCCUCAUGGCGGCGCUCUUUGCCGCCGCCCUGUACGGCAUCCUCUGCUGCGAGGGCGUCUUCGUCCACCUCCUUUGCGGCGGCCUGAUGGGCUUCCUCUGGAUCCAGAGCGGCUGGAUCGGGCACGACUCGGGCCACUACCAGGUAAUGCCGUCCCGAAAACUCAAUCGGGUCGCCCAGAUCCUCUCCGGCAACUGCCUCGCUGGAAUCAGCAUCGCCUGGUGGAAAUGGAACCACAACGCCCACCACAUCGCCUGCAACAGCCUCGAUUACGACCCCGACCUCCAACACAUGCCCUUUUUCGCAGUCUCCUCGAAGCUCUUCUCCUCCAUCGCCUCCCGAUUCUACGAACGUACCAUGAAAUUCAACGCAUUUGCUCGAUUCCUGGUAGCCAACCAGCACUGGACCUUUUACCCCGUCAUGUGUAUCGCCCGGAUAAACCUGUUCGCCCAGUCAUUCAUCCUACUGCUCUCCAAACGAAAGGUGGCCCAUCGAACCCAGGAGCUUAUCGGGCUUGCCGUGUUCUGGGUUUGGUACCCGCUGCUCGUCUCCCGUCUGCCCAACUGGACCGAGCGGGCCCUUUUUGUGGUGUCCAGCUUCUCAGUCACCGGCAUCCAGCACGUCCAGUUCUGCCUCAACCAUUUCUCCACAAGCGUGUAUGUGGGCCCACCCAGGGGGAACGACUGGUUCGAGAAGCAGACGAGCGGAACCCUCAACAUAAGCUGCCCGUCGUGGAUGGACUGGUUUCAUGGGGGGCUUCAGUUUCAAAUCGAGCACCACUUGUUCCCGAGGCUGCCCAGGUGCCAGCUCAGGAGAGUUUCGCCUUUCGUGAAGGAGCUUUGCAAGAAGUAUGGUUUGCCGUAUAACUGUGCCUCAUUUUGGGAGGCGAAUGUGAUGACAGUUAGGACAUUGAGGAAUGCUGCCCUGCAGGCUAGGGACCUGGCGAGGCCCGUCCCGAAGAAUUUGGUUUGGGAGGCGGUCAAUACUCACGGUUGA